AUGACGACAGUUGGAAGCUAUCUAGCCACCCGGCUGGCUCAGAUUGGAAUCGAGAGGCAUUUUGUGGUGCCGGGAGACUAUAACCUCAUCCUGUUAGACAAACUGCAAGAGGAUCCCGGUCUGGACGAGAUUAACUGUACCAAUGAAUUGAACUGCUCUAUGGCCGCGGAGGGCUAUGCGCGAGCCAAGGGCGCGGCUGCAUGUGUGGUCACUUACAGUGUCGGUGCUUUCUCGGCUUUCAACGGCAUUGGAAGUGCCUACGGUGAAAACCUCCCUGUUAUUCUCAUUAGUGGUUGUCCCAACACCAAUGAUGCAGGUGAUUUCAAUAUUCUUCACCACACGAUCGGGACCCAUGACUUUGAAUAUCAGUUGGAAAUGGCCAAAAAGAUCACGGUCGCUGCUGUUUCCAUUCGUCGCGCCGCAGACGCGCCGCACUUGAUCGAUUCUACCAUUCGCCAGGCACUCCUCAAUAAAAAGCCGGUAUACAUCGAGAUCCCCACGAAUUUGGCAAACCAACCAUGUGUGCCCCCAGGACCAGAGUCGGCGAUCCUGGAAUCCGUCAAGAGUGAUCCCCUCGUUCUAAAGGAGGCUGUCCACCAAGCGGCGCGCUUUUUAUCCCACAAAAUCAAGAUUACUAUCUUGGUCGGUCCGAAAGUCAGAUCAGCCCAAGCCGAGGACGCGGUCCUACACCUCGCGGAGGCAUUGGGCUGCGCGGUGGUAGUGAUGCCUAGUGCCAAGUCAUUCUUCCCGGAGACGCACCCCCAGUAUGCCGGGGUUUACUGGGGUCUCGCCAGCACUUUGGGUGCCCAACCCAUUGUCGACUGGUCGGAUGGAGUCAUCUGCAUUGGCACAGUCUUUACGGACUAUAGCACCGUGGGCUGGACGGCCCAACCGCCCGAAUCCGCACGCCUGACGGCCGAUGUCGAUCGGGUUCAACUCCCAGGAGCAGACUGCUCUCGCGUUUACUUGACUGAGUUCCUGUCUGAACUGUCGCAUCAUGUGAAGAAAACCCCAGCAACAAUGGUGCAGUAUAAACGUUUCACACCACCCGAGCCAAUCGUAACCCCCAGUCCCGCAACCGACCAGCUCUCACGGAAGGAGAUGACCCGGCAGAUCAGUGGUCUGAUCACAUCAAAGACUACCCUCUUUGCUGAGACAGGCGAUUCUUGGUUCAAUGGUAUUCAAAUGCACCUUCCGGAAGGGGCCCGAUUCGAAAUUGAAAUGCAAUGGGGUCACAUUGGAUGGUCCAUUCCCGCGUCGUUUGGUUAUGCAGUUGGACGACCCCAAAGCCAAGUGCUCACGAUGGUCGGGGAUGGGUCAUUCCAAAUGACGGCGCAGGAAGUCUCACAGUUGACCCGAUUGCGCAUUCCCAUGAUUAUUUUCCUGAUCAAUAACAUUGGAUACACCAUUGAGGUCGAGAUUCAUGAUGGUAUUUACAACAAUAUCAAGAACUGGGACUAUGCCGCAUUCGUCGAGUCGUUUAACGCCAAUGAUGGUCAUGGUCGCGGUUUCCGCGCCACCACCGCAGGAGAGCUACAUGCAGCUAUUGAAUCCGCGAAAAAGAACCGAAAUGGACCCAGUCUGAUUGAAUGUGUCAUUGACCGUGAUGACUGCACCAAGGAGUUGAUUAGCUGGGGUCAUUUUGUGGCCGCAGCUAAUGGUCGUGCCCCCAGACCUUAA